AGAAGCUAUUAAUGAAUGAAACCAAAUUUGAAUUUUCUUUAUCUAAGAACCAUCAUAUCAACAAACAUACAAAUACUAACUAAAAAUACGAGUUCAAUUCCAAAUUCAAUAUUGACUUUCCAAAAGAGCAAAAAGAAAAACACAAAAACGAGAUCCUCUGAAUCUGGAUCUCAUCAUCGAUCCCUUCCCAUUCCACAUUUUCACUCCAUGUAGCUUCUCUUUUCCAUAACCGCGAUCCAAUGAUUCCAUUGCAUCGCUUCAAUUCCAAUCACAAACCACUACAAUGAACAACGAUUACGCUAUUGGAUCUCAAUCCUACAAAUCCUUCCCCGCAUACCCAGAUACCGAUUUCGACAUAGAAUCAGGAACCCCACCCAUAAUCAAGCGAAUCAGAAAACCCAAAUCUUCACGAGCUCUUCACCUUUACAAAAUGAUCCCAAAACUUCACCAUUUUUUCAAACUUCACCCUCUCGUAGCUCUUUUACUACUAGCUUUCUCUUUUGGGGUCACGCUUAUGGUUUUUCUCUCCUACAACAGGACCCACUUGAAGGAGUACGACAGAAUUGAUCCGGGUUUGGAUGAGUACCCGUUUUCGAAGCUUAGGAAUAUGGUAAUGGUUGCUGGUCAUUCGGUUUACACUAGCAGUGGGUGUGGGAAAAUUGAGAAAGAGGAUUCUUGGAUUUUGGAGUCUUAUCAGAAGAAUCCUGGUCAAGCAGCGACUUUUGUGAAGCAUAUUGAGGAAGGGAUUGAGAUUGUGGAUAAGGAUGAGUCUGCUUUGCUUUUGUUUAGUGGUGGCGAGACGAGGAAAGAUGCUGGACCGAGGAGCGAGGCUCAGAGUUAUUGGGCUGUUGCUGAUUUCAAAGGAUGGUUUGGUAAGGAAGAAAGUGUGAAAUGGAGAUCACUUACGGAGGAACAUGCUCGGGACAGUUUCGAAAAUCUUCUAUUUAGUGUCUGUCGAUUCCGAGAGCUUACUGGCACAUAUCCUCAAAAUAUUACUGUUGUAAGUUAUGAUUUCAAGGAAAGCAGAUUUGCAAAUCUACAUCGAUCCGCAAUCGGCUUUCCAGAGUCAAGAUUCUUCUAUGCUGGCACACCUGCUACAACAAAUACAGUAGCAGCUGCUCUAAAAGGCGAGGAAUUGGUGAGAACACAAUUCUUAAGAGAUCCAUACGGAUGUCGGGGUUCACUCUAUCACAAAAAACUAAAGCGCGACCCUUUUCAUCGAUCAAUUCCAUAUCCUAAAGGCUGUCCAGAAAUGCAAGCUUUGUUCAGAUAUUGUGGACCAGCUCCAUACCCCGGCGCGCUCCCGUGGGCGUAGUAACGGUAGUUCCCUAAAUUAUACAAGUGUAAACUAACAACAUAGAGAUAUUAGACACAUGAUAUUAAGAUUAAGUUUUGUUUAGAUGAUGAUAAAUUGUGUAGAUGAAUCAUGAAACUGCUGUUGCAUCUUUGGUAGAAGUCUGUCAAAGUUUUUUGUGAGGUGGAUUUAUUAGACUUGGUGUUCUAAACAUGACACGGUUCAAUAUGAAAUAUGGUUAAGGGGUACAUUUUGAA